UGCAACACCAGUCUGAUUUUGACAGUUCGUAGUAAAUGUCGCUGGGUUUCUCAUGUGGAAGCUUCUUGAAUAAUCGCGAAAGACGUUAGUUUACUAAACUUCCUGAAUUGUGGUUAAAUUCAUUCAAGUGUUUGUGUUGAAAGUGUAAUCUCAAAUCGCCGCUGAAAAGUCCUGUUUCUGUGUUGCAGCAGGAGAUAUUCAUUAGGUCCCACUACAAGGUCACACUGGAUUCGGAACGACAGCGUUGAAAUUAAAACUGCUUUGCUUCAGCGGUCCUAAUUACUGUCGUCAUCGAAUCGAAACAUUUUCCAAUUCACACAUCUGGGUGACGACGCUACGGAUACAUUCCUGUUCUCUGUUUUGAUCCUGUCCACAUCUCUCCGACAGCAGAAUGCCAGCUAAUUCCAUUCCCAGGAGAAUGGAUUCCUCCGGUUCGGGAUCAGAGACUAACGGAAACGAUGGUGCUCUAAGUUCCUCGCCUGGUGCUUCAAGUCUCAGAGAACGCACUGACAGUGAAAGUUCUGACAAACAAACACGCUUCAUAUUACCUAGUGCUGAUGGCAGUCCACCAAAGGUCCUCACAAUGGAUGAAGUUGUUGACGUUGUAAAGAAUAUACAAAAUAUGACUCUAGUCCAUGAAAUUGCCCUUAAUCCGGAAUUCAAAUUGAAGCCAUAUGAACCACCAGAAGAUAGCUUGGAGCGCCGGAUCCGUGAUGUUAUGCAUAAAGCAUUUUGGGAUGUCCUUCGUGAACAGCUGAGCCAGGACCCACCGUGUUUUAAUCAUGCAAUACAACUUUUGGCGGAUAUUAAGGAGUGCUUUCCCCAAAUCAUUCCCGCCAACAAUAAACGCCUUCUGGAUCACAUCAAUGAAGUGCUCGAUGUGACAGUCAUCCAACAACAAGCUGAACAAGGUGUUUUAGACUUUAAUUCAUAUGCAAAUUUCGUGAUAGGAAUAAUGGCUAAAUCGUGUGCCCCAAUCCGCGAUGAGGAAAUUCGGAAACUUCAAGAAAUUGACGAUGUGGUCGAUACUUUCCGUGGCAUCUUGGAAACAAUGACGGUAAUGAAAUUAGAUAUGGCAAACUGCUUACUGGAAUUCGCUCGCAAUGAUUUGGUGGCAAAUUCGGUCGAAUAUGAAAAAGAGAAAUUCAAAGAAUAUUUGGAAUAUUACAAAUUUGGAUUUCCAGCCACGGAAAAUUGGUUGAAACGGAGUCAAAGCCAAUCGCAAGACAGUAAUGGUGUGGUGAGCACUCCGGAUCAAGUCAUAUUCAAUGCUUACAUGGAUCUGUUGGACUGGAAUGAAGCCGAUGAGUUUCCCGAAAUUCUUUCAAUUGAUAAGGAUCGGAUAUUGAAACUGUCUAGUCGGGCUUUGAGACUGUGUGCUGCCGCUUGCACAAUAGCGAUCUCAUCUAGUAUCCCAAUUAUCUCACAACGAACUGAGAAUCGAGUAGCUUUGGCACAAGAAAUUGAGGUUCUGCUGCAAAGUGUUGCGAACAACAGUGACUUGGAAAACACCAUGGAGAAUGUCUCAUUACAUGUUCAAACUGUGAUAAAAAGCCGACUUCAAGAGGAAAACUCGCCCCCAUUGGAUGCAGUCAUCGAAAAUACACUAAAAUCACAAAUCCUUCAGAUUGGUAAAAAGGAUUCACCUGUGCGAAGCCUAAUGUGGAAACGACUGCAGACAUACUUCCGCUUGGUGCUGCGCUCUAAAAGCGGAAUGCCUCCGCCGCCGCCCGGAUACGUUGACUUUAAAGGAGAACUAGAAACUUUAGCUACUGCCUUCAAACGACUUUUGACAUACAACUAUUCCGUUUUUGGUGAAUAUUAUGUAAAAGUACUAACAGACAGCGAACACAAAAAUGAUGAAAAACCAACCGAUAAUUCCACCACUGCCACAGUUGACAAGGAUCAAGCCGGGGAGUCGCCAAAAACAUCUCCCACUGACGACACGAUUGCCGCUAAUGGACCAGACACCAAUACAAGCACUUAAAAUGUGAUGGGAUCAAUGUUUGGGGAAAAUUUAUUGCUGGACAAUAAAACUUAAGUUCACCCACUUAUUGUUCCGAACAUGUAAACCUGAUGAUAAUAUUUUUUGCUACCCCGAAAGACGUUUCCCAGGUCCGGGUAGCAAAGAAUGUGUCUGAAUGUAUUCAAAUAGCAACACAACCAACCGCAUACAAACAAUAUAUAAACAUUUUUCUAAUCGAUUUAACAUAAAGUAUACACAACGGAAGGGAGCUCUUAGAGAAGGGGAGUGAGAUAUACAAUGUAUUCAGCUGUACCUAAGUACCUACCUAGUGAUAAUUCACGGCCGGGCACGUGCAUUCAGGAAAGAAUGCAUUUUCUGGAUAGCACGUUCGCAUUCCGAGUUUAGAUGUAUUUGUGCAACGGGAGCGAGCUGGUGACGAUAAAAUGAAACAGAAAUUGUAGACAGAAAUAUUUUAACACGUAGCAAUUAAAACAUUUUGACUUUUUUGAUAAACUGAUCAAUAUAUAUUCCAGUAUUUGAAAAUGAUAUAAAUAAAAUAGUUUAUUUUAAUUA